CCAGUUUGGGGUCUGAUGCAGAGGGGGCAGACCCCACCUCGUUCACGGGUGACUCAGGCGUUGUACUCACCGAUGGUAACCAUCCUCGGGCCAGCCAUCCGCACCCCGCACCACGUGCACUCAGCACGGCUGGGGAUCAGAAGCCGACCAUCAGUAAUCAGUUCGUUAGCAACCACAGACCUUCCCCCACAACUGAGAACUGUUUUUUCCUGGGAACUGGUGGAUCAGCUGUAUUCAUUUCGAGACUGCUAUUUUGAGACUCAUAGUGUUGAGGAUGCUGGGAGAAAGCAGCAGGAUGUGCAAGAAGAGAUGGAGAAGACCCUGCAGCAGAUGGAGGAAGUCCUGGGUUCUGUCCAGGGCAAGGCGCAGACUCUGAUGCUGACGGGGAAGGCACUGAAUGUGACUCCGGAGUAUAGCCCGAAGGCGGAGGAGCUUCUGUCAAAGGCUGUGAAGCUGGAGCCUGAGCUGGUGGAAGCUUGGAACCAGCUGGGUGAGGUCUACUGGAAGAAAGGGGAUGUCGCAGCUGCCCACACCUGCUUCUCAGGAGCCCUUACCCACUGCAAGAACAAAGUCUCCCUACAAAACCUGUCGAUGGUGCUUCGCCAGCUGCGGACGGACAAUGGAGACGAGCAUUCUCGCCAUGUCAUGGACAGUGUCCGGCAAGCUAAGCUAGCUGUGCAGAUGGAUGUGCUCGACGGCCGCUCCUGGUAUAUCCUGGGGAAUGCAUACCUUUCUCUUUACUUCAAUACCGGCCAGAACCCUAAGAUCUCCCAGCAAGCCCUCAGUGCCUAUGCCCGAGCUGAGAAGGUGGACAGGAAAGCUUCCAGCAAUCCUGACCUUCAUCUCAACAGGGCAACGUUUGUUGGUAUCUACUUACAAUUGGGAGGUCUUGGAUUACUUUUUGCACAGCUGCAUAAAUAUGAAGAGAGCUAUGGGGAGGCCCUAGAGGGCUUCUCUCAGGCGGCAGCACUGGACCCUGCCUGGCUGGAGCCCCAGCAACGAGAACAACAGCUCUUGGAAUUCCUCAGUAAAUUAACCAGCCUCCUGGAGAGCAAGGGGAAGAUGAAGGCCAAAAAACUGCAGAGCAUGUUAGGAAGCUUGCGUCCAGCCCAUCUCGGCCCUUAUGGUGAUGGGCACUAUCAGUCAGCCUCAGGGCAGAAGGUAACCCUGCAGCUCAAGCCCCUGAGCACGUUGCAGCCUGGUGUGAACAGUGGUGCUGUGGUCCUGGGAAAGGUGGUGUUUAGCCUAACUACAGAGGAGAAAGUCCCCUUUACAUUUGGCUUGGUAGAUUCAGAUGGACCUUGCUAUGCAGUGAUGGUGUAUAACAUAGUCCAGAGCUGGGGCGUUCUCAUUGGGGACUCGGUCGCCAUUCCUGAGCCUAACCUUCGGGUUCACCAAAUUCAGCACAAGGGAAAGAACUAUUCCUUUUCCAGUGUUCGUGUGGAGACACCCCUCCUGCUCAUGGUGAAUGGAAAGCCUCAGGGCUCCAGUAGCCAGGCUGCUGCCAUGGUGGCAUCACGACCACAGUGUGAAUGAUCUCUCCUGACCUCCAUGCUAUAGAGGGAGCAGUGGCACGGAGAAAAGCUCAAGGCACUGGGCCACUGGAUCAGCCACAUCCAGUGACUCCACUGGGAUCAGGGGAGGAUGCGUUUUACAUGGAGACUCCCGUCCCGGAAGAUUCUCUUAACUCUUCCCUGUCAUGUUCCAGAUCCUCCAGGGCCACACAUGUCCCUGGCGUAUCUCUCCUGCCUCUUUGACUGCUGUCUGUUUUAAGCAGAGUGUCGCAUUGGUGGAAGUGUUGGGAUCUUGCCAUGGGAAAAAAUCCCCAGGAUUCGUGCUCUUGCCUCCUUCCUGAGUCUAAUAUAUAUAUGUCAGUUCAGUAUUUAUUGCUAAGGGAAGGGGACUUAACUUUUUAAUGGCUUGAUUUUUGAGCAAUUUUUAUUUUUAUUUUGAAGAUUUAAGUUCUUUCUUUGGGGUGGGAACAGAAUUAAAUUUUCUUAGAAAAAAAA